AUGUCAACGCUCAGACGGAAAGAGAAAAAUGAGGAGAACUUUGUGGGCCAACCCCGCCAGAAAAGCAAGAGCACGGCGAGUACAUUGAGAUCACUGAGACUAUCAUUCUCCGCGGUUGAGAGAAAGCUUAUUGACCACACCUUUGGUGGGCAUCGUCAUCCAGUGUAUUACGAGUCUAGCACUGAAUCUGAUCCUGAAUCAGACUCUGGUAGUGAUUUGAGUGAAGAGUUUCGGGAAAAGUUGCUUGAUAUCAAAGAGACACAGCAUCAGGCUCAUGCAGAGGAAGCUACAGUAAAGCAGGUGGUCCGGGUCAGGUACCGGUUUCUGGAUAGACUGAAGAACGUAUUUUUUUAG